CUUCUCCACACCACUAGAUGGCACACACUCCCUUUUGCUACAUAAACACAAUCAGCGACAACAACGUUUGUUGUCAGGAAGUUGCAAAAAAAAAGUUACUGGUUGACAAAACGCUAACAUGAUCUAUGGACGUUCUUGAGGGAUAGAGCUGACAGAAGAAGCAGGUCAUGAACGACAAUUUUAACAGAGCUCCCGGAGCAGGGAGAAGCCUCAAUCUUGCAGCAGAUUCCGGUCUACAGAGUGCGGUGUGGAACAGUGACAGCAACGCGACGCUUUUCAACCAAAGGGUACCUUUGAGGCAGCCGAGGACGUACCCACCCCCCGGCAACUGCAACAAUAGUCCGGUCACGGAAAAUGGCGCUUGUGGUGACAGUAAAGGCCAGCAAAGCAUAAACACCAAUAGCCCCUCUGUCUCCGGGAAGUCUAACCAUUUGGAUUCUUUGGUUGAGUUCUCCAAACUCUCCGCUAGCGCUCCAGAGUUUGUCCCUACUGCCGUGUAUCAAUAUGAUACUUUUUUUGACCCCAACGAAGAAGAUUUUAGCGCGCCAUCUUUGGCUGAUAUGGUUAGAGACUUCCUUUGCCACCUGAGCUCCUCACCUGGAAUGUUUGAGUCAGAUGUUGAGUACAUAACAAGCGUGCUUAAUUCCUUUAUUACAACCGAGGAGUUGUUGGCAGAGCUGGUGGAGCUGAUCUACACAGAGUCUACUGCCAUUCCCAACUUCUCCUAUACGGGCGCGCGGCUCUGUAACUAUCUGUCCCAUCAUCUCAGCCCGCCGAGCGGGAACUUUCGUCAGCUGCUCCUGCACAGGUGUCAAAAAGAAUUUGAGCAGAGAGAUGUGGCUGUGCGAGGAGACAGAGAGACACAGAACAAGUUCCACUCCUUUGUGCUCUUUUUGGGAGAGCUCUACCUUCAUCUGCAGAUAAAGUGUGGCAAAGGCGCUAUAAAGCGAGCCGAGAUUCUUCUUACUGCAUUGAGAGAGCUGUUGAACACUUUACUCUCCAAUCCUGUAGAUGCAAACAUAAUCUGUGCAGUCAAACUUCUCAAGCUGACUGGGUCCAUCCUGGAUGACGCUUGGAAAGAAUGUGGGAAAUCGUACAUGGAGGAGCUGAUCCAGAGGAUUGAAAGUAUAGUACUGGAUGCUACAUGCAGCAGGGAUGUCAGACAAAUGCUUCUAAAGCUAGUGGAGCUAAGGUCUAGUGACUGGGGAAGAGUGUGUGCUGCGGCAUCGAGCAAUGCUACACCCGACAAUGACCCCAACUACUUCAUGAAUGAGCCCACAUUCUACACAGAAGAUGGAACUCCUUUUACAGCAGCAGACCCAGAAUACGCUGAGAAAUAUCAAGAAAUUAUGGAGAGACAGGACUAUUUCCAUGAUGUGUGUGAAGAGAAUGAAAAUGACGAAUAUGACUCGGAUAAUGAGAUGGAUCCAGAGAUCGAAGAAGCUUUUGAGAAGUUCUGUUUAGAAUCCGAGAGAAAACGACAGCAAUAACACCAAGGCGUCGUCAAUGUAAAGAGGACAUGAAAUCAGUAAUUGUUGUGAAGCAAAAAAAAAAAAAAAAAAAAGACUUGUCAGCCUCCAUGUAUUGUUUAAAUUGAAACAAGAAGCAUUUUACUAAGUUGUUAAUAGCCACAGUUCUGAGUCUGAGACCAUUUUUCUCCAUUACCCAUUGUUUAGAAAAGGAAGUGAAUUAAUUGGGUACAUUUUUAAAAAAGUAGAUAUUUUUCAGUCAUUCUCCCAUUGUUUGUUUUGUUUCCCAAAAAUACCUUUUACUUUUAUGAAGGGCAGAGUGCUGUGAACUUUCUGCUGUGGUGUUUGUUUUUCUCAGUCUCCAAAUUGUUCAUAAUAUACACAAAUCUCGGCUAACACCUGAAGUUGUUGAAAUUGUUUUAUCUUGAAUAUACGCCACAAUCUGUGGGGCAACUCAA